AUCGUAGUUCUGGCCACACCAGCGAAGGGGAACGGCUGAGGAGGGAAAGACUACGUUUCCCAACAGCCUCAGGGCAGCGCCCGUCGCUGUUGGGGCGGCGGGCGAGGGUAGCCUCGCUGAGGAAAGGCAAGCUCGGCCGGGCAAGUCGAGAGAAUAACAGCCGCUUUGGCCCCGAAGAGAAGCGGGUCGGAGGAGCGGGAAGAGAAAUGGCGGUGGAUAAGGAACUGCUGGAGUUGGACUUGUACGCGCUGCUGGGAGUUGGCGAGAAGGCGUCGGAUAAAGAGAUUAAGAAAGCCUACAGACAGAAGGCCUUGUCCUGCCAUCCAGAUAAAAAUCCAGACAAUCCCAAAGCAGCUGAGCUCUUCCAUCAGUUGUCUCAAGCUUUGGCAGUACUAACAGAUGCAGCAGCAAGGGCAGCAUAUGAUAAAGUGAGGAAAGCAAAGAAACAGGCAGCAGAAAGGACUCAGAAACUUGAUGAAAGGAGGAAAAAAGUCAAACUUGAUCUUGAAGCCCGGGAAAAAGAAGCCCAGUCCCAGGUUAGCAAAGAAGAAGAGAUCCAGAUAACUAGGACAUUAGAGCAAGAGAUCCUACGGUUACGUGAGGAGGGAUCCCGCCAGCUGGAGGAACAACAAAAACUUAUGCAGGAACAAAUACGACUUGAGAAAGAUCAGCGAGUACGAGGCAAACAUGAUGGGUAUGGAGAAGAGGGCAAAGGAACACCCAAGCUCAAACUACGCUGGAAAUGCAAGAAAGAAGAUGAAACUAAAGGAGGCUACUCAAAAGAAGUUCUUCUGCAAAUCCUACAAAAGUAUGGCGAGGUUCUGAAUUUGCUAAUCUCUAGCAAGAAGACUGGGAGUGCAGUUGUGGAAUUUGCCACGGUGAAAGCUGCUACACCCUGUGAGGUGGGUGUGACUAGCCCAAGGUCACCCAGCAGCUGCAUGUGGAGGAGCAGAGACGCAAACCCGGUUCCCUAGAUUACAAGUCUACCGCUCUUAACCACUACACCACACUGGCAGUUUAGGAAACCAAACUUAAGUAUUUCUAUAUAGAUAAGUAAUUUAUAUGAAUAUAGAGUUUCUUGUUACUUUGAACACCCACUCUUAUAGCCCCUGAGUAACAAACUAUCAUGGUAAAACGUUCUCCCAUCAGUAUGCAAAUACCACUAUCAAGAUAGUUACCAAUAAACCCUAAAAUGCUACAUCUGAUUUUGUUAUUGUUACUAGGAUGUUUCUCUCCAUAUUAUGAUGAGCCUUAGAUGCAGAAGAAAACCUUAAUGAAGUUAGGAAGGAAUUUUCUUCCCAUUAGAUUAUCUGACUACAGUCAUACCUCUAGUUACGUAUGCUUCAGGUUGCGUACGAUACGGGAUGCGUACGCGCUGAACCUGGAAGUAACGGAACGGGUUACUUCUGGGUUCGGCGAUUCGCGCAUGUGCAGACACGCCAAAUGAUGUCAUGUGCGG